GGUAUACCUAUCUACUCGACCACAGCUCCAUAAUCCGAUGACUCGGUCGACGUCAACAGUCGCAUACAGACGUCCGCGCCCUGCGCUCUCGGCUCAUUCACGAGCCAAAAUUGAGUGUAACCACUUUAGCGAGAGAGAGAGAGAGAGAGAGAUAAAGACUAGUCGCUAGUAGUACAUAAAUACACAAGUUCGACAAGGAAUAGACAAGAUGGGCAAACUGCAAGACUUCCGCAUCGAGUUCGAGAGACCCGGCGCCACUUAUGCGCCUGGAGAGAUUGUCACUGGCAAAGUUAUACUCACUCUGUCCGGCACGAAAAAUAUGCGCGAAAUAAGAAUAGAAGCUAAGGGUGAGGCCGAAGUUCACUGGACGAAGCAACGACGAAAGUCGAACGGCAAUGGUAGCCACAGAGUCACGGACCACUACAACGGUUCGGAAACUUAUUUUAGCGUGUCCAAUCGUUUGGUUGGCGCUACAGGUGGGGAAAGUUCAGCAACAAUACCGUCCGGUACAAGUACGUACCCCUUCAGUUUCCACAUACCCCAGAAUAUUCCCUGCAGCUUCGAACACGUUCUCGGAUUCGUUCGGUACACCGUGAAAGCCGUAAUCGACAGACCUUGGCGAUUUGAUCACAAGGUCGUAUCCGCCUUCACCGUCGUUGCCGACUACGAUUUAAAUGCUCAUCGGAAUCUUGCCACGGGUCUAAGUGACGAGAUUAAACGAAGAUUUCGUUCCUGCUGCUGUUUGGGAAACGCAGGUGGCAUAAAGGCCAUAGUCAAGAGCAGAGUCAGUGGUUUUGUUCCUGGUGAAACGAUACAGCUGGAUGUCAGCUACGAUAACAGCUCGACUUCCGUCGAGGUGAAGAGGAUGAAGCUGUACUUGUACAAGGAAUUACAAUUUUUCGCAUCGACACCUUUCCCCGACAAAAAGUUCACAUCGGACGUCGUGAAAAAGGUGAAAAUAGGUGGCCCAUUUCCCAAAAAGGGCGAAAAAAGUUUGUGCAUCGAGGUACCCCCGAUGCCACCUUCGAAAUUGGAGCACUGCACUCUCAUUAACGUCUCCUACAAACUGGUGCUAAUAAUUGAAACUUCGGGAUUGCAUCGCGACAUAGACCGGUCGUAUCCAAUAGAAAUAGGCACAGUACCGCUGUACUAUCAGGUGUCGGGCCAGGCCCAGCCUUCGUUGGUUCCUUCAGCACCACCAAUUGAUCAGGUCACUCCCAACACUCAACUCUUGCCACACCAGCAACAGGCUGCAUCGCAACCAAUCGGUUUUGUGGUCAUGAGCGCACCUCCUUACAUGGCUGCUGGAGCUCCGGUGCAUCAGAUGCCCGAAAUGCCGCCUCCAUCGUAUGAAGAAUGUAUAGGAGGAAGUAAUCCUAUUGCAGAUCCGAACGAAAAGGGAAUGAUUGGAUCCAACACGCAGUUUGCGCCCAAGUAUCCGGUUUACAAAUUCCCGAUGCCUAUGCCUUAUCCGCCCUAAGUAGAAUUUAGUAAAAAGUCUGACUGAGAUUGUGAUAAUAAUAUUCACUAUAGAAUAGAAGGGAAGCAGUGGUUCACUCUGAAACGUGUUUAAGCCAAUCAUCACAUGAAAUUCAUUAAAGUAGAGUCUGUAACAUAGAAUUAAACUUAGUUAAGAAUAUUAACGUUAGAUCUGCCGUUUGUAAUAAAAGAAAAAUAUCUAUAACGUAUUCAAAACAUAGAAAACGAAAGUGAAAAUAUGGACGGAAAGAUAUUGAUAACGUGAAAAAUAUGUUCCUGUAUCUAAACGAUCACCAUUUGCCUAAAGAGUAAUAGCAUGUAUAAAACAAGAUCAAAAACUAUUUUAGUCAAUUAUAAUGAUACUUUUUAUAACUACUUACAAACUUUUUAAUUUUAUACUGUCUUUCAGAAACAAAAAAACAUUUAUUGUAUUUAAUCGAUUCUACGUCUUACGAUAAUUACGAACAAAAGUCGUUCACUACUACGUAAGUGAUAUAGUUUUAAUGUUUGAUACAUUAUGUUGAUCGUGUUACUCAGAGUAAUCGAAAUUUUGACAGAGUUGAAUAAACUUCCUUGUGAAUUGUAUUCCAUAGGUAUUUAAGGCUUGUUUUAAAUGUAUUUUUUAUAUGAUUUGUUUUAUAUGCAUAUGCAACUAGGAAAACAAAUAAAAUAUGACGUAUAUUCCUUAAGUACGUUUUUUCUUUAUAAGUUACUAAUUAAUCGGGAAGAAGGUGAACAUAUUAAUAAUAAAGCGAUGAUUUCAUAUAUUUA